AUGGCGGUCGGUGAGGUAAUGAGGAUGGAGAUUCCCGCUGGUGGAGAUUUGACAGUUACUUCGCCGGAAUUACAUGUUCUUGCCGUCGACGAUAGUAUCGUGGACCGUAAAGUCAUCGAAAGGCUGCUAAGAAUCUCUGCUUGUAAAGUGACGACUGUAGAAAGUGGGACUAGAGCUUUGCAGUAUCUUGGCUUAGAUGGAGACAAAGGAGCUUCUCAUCUUAAGGAUUUGAAGGUGAAUUUGAUAGUGACGGAUUACUCAAUGCCAGGACUAACAGGAUAUGAUCUUCUCAAGAAGCUUAAGGAAUCUUCUGCAUUCAGAGAAAUACCAGUUGUGAUUAUGUCAUCUGAGAACAUCUUACCUCGAAUAGAACAAUGUCUAAAGGAAGGAGCAGAGGAUUUUCUCUUAAAACCGGUGAAACUAGCAGACGUCAAGCGAAUCAAACAGCUUAUAAUGAGAAAUGAAGCAGAGGAAUGCAAAACCUUGAGCCAUUCCAACAAGAGAAAGCUUGCACAAGACAUUGAUACAACAUCACCAUCAUCAUCAUCAUCGAGUCAUGAUGAUUCUUCUCUCAAGGACUUUCCAUCUUCAAAACGGAUAAAAUCAGAAUCUGAAAACCUUUCUUCUCUCCUUUGA